AUUAUAUCUGCCACAAAUGUUAUCUGGCAUGAUAUAUUCCCGAAGUGUGUCCCCAAACAAAUUAUUAUCUCUGGCAUAUGCUUGCCGUAGUCUGAACUUCAAAAAACGCUUUGCAGGUUAUCUUUUUCUUAAAUUUCCUCACUAUUGAUUCGCUGUCUGUCCACGGAGAAGCUGGCUGGAUUCCGCAGCGCAUUCAUUGGUGGCGGGUAAAUAAGAGGUAGAUCUGAUCCAUGGAAUGGAGGGAGUGAAGCAGUCAAUCCAGCAACAAACCAAUCCAGCAAGAAACCAAAAGGAAAAAGAAAUACCGAAGAACACUCUGUGGCUCUAGAGAAGAGAGAAGAGCAAGCGCUCCCAAUAUCCAUUCCAAUUAGCUGCUGCCAAGGUAAGCAAUGAGGAUCCCAAUCCUCCUCUCCAUCGCAAUUGCUGCCAUCGCCAUUGCUGCUCGAGGAGCUCUGGGAGAAUCCGGCAACUUCAACAUCACCGAGGAGCUGGCCACCAAUCCAAAGUACUCCGACUUCAACACCGUCCUCUCCAAAUCCGGCCUCGCCGACACCAUCAACGCCAUGAACUCCCUCACAGUCUGCGUCCUCACGAACUCCCAGAUGGCCACCCUCCGCUCCACACUCUCCCACGCCGAUUCUUCCGAUCCCAAGAAGGUGGCCGCGCUCGUCCGCCCCAUGAUCCUCCUCACCUUCAUCGAUCCCACCAAUCCCAACACCGCCAGGAGCAUCCGCGGCAGCCAGCAAGUAGCGUCGCUCUACCAGGCCGCCGGAGCCGCCAGCACGGACCAAGGAAUCGCCAACCUCACCACCACUCGCAAGGGAUCUCUCCAGAUCGUCGCCGCCGGGGGUUCCAACGCCACCAUCACCAAGAGCGUCAAGCUCAUCGCCUACAACCUCAGCAUUGUCGAGGUGAGCAAUCCUCUCCUCCCUACCGGUGUUCUUGGCUCCGACCAGAACGCUCCUGUUGUCUCGGUAGUCCCGUCACCCCCGCCAGUGAAAGCUCCCGCAAAGUCGCCACCCAGUGCCGCCGAGGAUUCGUCUUCCACUCCGGACGAGAGCGACGAUCAACCCGACAAGACACCAAUCAAAUCCGCUGCUGCUCGAGCUUCUCGGCUCGGAUUGGUGGCCUGGCCGCUGCUCCUGCUUCUUGCUGCUCGGAAACUCUAGCCUCCUUGCAAAUUAUCCAUGGAUCUUCCAGAUCUAAAAAGCUUAUACCACGCUCUUUAUCCUGGCUUUC